AUGGAGUUGAUGGAACUUGUCGACAACGAGCCGACGGCUCGACCCUUUCAGUGCGACUGGGAUACGUGCAGAAAGUGUUUUAACCGCAAGUCCGACCUCCAAAGGCAUUAUCGGAUACAUACGAAUGAGAGACCGUACUCCUGUACAACAGAAGGAUGUGGUAAAAGCUUCAUACAACGCAGCGCCUUGACGGUCCAUAUCCGCACUCACACCGGCGAGAAACCUCAUCAAUGUCAACAUGCUGGAUGUGGCAAGCGUUUCUCGGAUUCUUCGAGUCUGGCUCGACAUCGACGCAUCCACACGGGCAAACGGCCUUAUAAUUUCUGCCGGAAAACAACCAUGGUCAAACAUCAGAGGCGUUCCCACCAGAGGGGGGUCCAUUCAGAGAUGGAAGAUUUUUCUUCUGAGUCGGACAGCGGCGAGUCUCCGUCUACUCCCAAGCAACCUGGUAUGUGGCCAACAGGCCACUUGACAAGCGGGCUUCCGGAUUUGCAGGACCACGCCGUCCAGCGAGCGUCGUCCUUUGCCGACUUUGGUCAAGUAAGCCAAUACGACAUAUCGCAGCAGCAGUACGGCCACCGGCACAGUAUCUCCGGCGGAGGCGCCCACGAAUACCAUAGCGAAAUACUCCGGUCGUUUCAACACCCCGCACUUCAAGGGCUUCAGCGCACGGCCAGCGUACCCCAGCAUCCUUACUAUGUGACAGACCAGAACAACCCUGGCAUCGCGACAAUGAACACGAAUCCGAUGCCACAGUACCAAAUACCGAGGCAGCAACCUGAGCGACUCCCACUAGAAAUUCCGUACAACACGGCGAGGAAUAUGGUGAGCUCGAUACAGAAUAGCCCUGAUAGCUUCACGACUGCAAUUUCAGGUCAUAGCCCGACAGGUCAUGAUAGCUAUUACACGCACCAGUCUCCGCAUGCGACGACGUAUUCGCUAAACACAACGCCUAUCAUGGAGCAACCCAUGACGCAGUUCCCUCAGCAAGUCGCCCAGCCAGUUCAUCAGCAAAUCCAUCAGCAAGUCCACCAACAGGUCCAUCAGCAGGUCCAUCAGCAGGUUCAUCAACAGGUCCACCAACCGAUCCAUCCUUCCCAGCCGGUGCAAUCUCAGAUGCCUCCGAUGCAACAAAUUCAGCAAGUCCAACAGGUUCAGCAAACUCAGCAGGUUCAUCAGGUUCAUGAUCAAUAUCAGCCAGCGCCAACGCAACAUGAUGACCAUUGGUACAACGCAAUACCUUACCAACAACCGGUUGAGAUUCCUACCAUCGGUCAAGUACCGUCUUUCGGGGCUGCGCAAGAUUACCCGUGGCUCGUCAAGCCGGAUUUUGACGAGGACACGUCGACGCAGAUGCCAAGUUCAAGAGUCGAUGACUUAUGA